GACCCAUGGAUCCAGCCGACUCCAUUUCGACGCUAACGAUUAACGAAAACCUGAGGUUUAUGCUCAAGCCUCGCCACGGUCCCUCUACAAGUUGAUUCAUCUCAAAAUUCAAUAAUUCAAAGGUUAAUUUCUGUCAAAUAGUAUGGCUUUAUUCAGAAAUACAAAGCGACCUCUUGGGAUGUCGCUAUAUGGCGCAAGGCAGAGUGUGGCUGCCGCAUACUCUACUGGGGCAAGCAAAGGGAUCGCCAUUUCUCAAUCAACACACGUUACAGCCUCAAAUUUUGCCUUUUUGGGUUUAUUUUCGAGGAGGUUUAGCUCUCAAGCUCCUUCCUCUUCGGAGCAAAUGAACCUCAUCAAGCAACUGAGGGAAAGAACCAGUGCCCCCAUAAAGGACGUCAAGGCUUCUCUUGUAGUGUGCAAUUGGGACAUUGAGGCUGCACAGAAAGAUUUAAGGAAACGAGGGAAGGUUCUGGCUAUGAAAAAGUCAUCUCGAGCUGCAACGGAAGGCCUGCUUGGGCUGGCCCAAAGUGAGGGGAAGGCUGCUAUUAUUGAACUCAAUUGUGAGACUGACUUUGUUGCAAGGAAUGAAAUUUUUCAAUACUUGGCCUUGACUUUGGCAAAGCAAGCUUUGCUGGUUGAUAAUUCUAUUUCUGGUGUCUUUCCAUUUGGUCCUGAUUAUUUAGAGGGCUUGAAAUUUAAUCUUGAACACCCUAAAAUAAGUGGAGAGACAACUGUUCAAAAUGCAGUUACAGAAGUGGCUGCAAUGAUGGGAGAAAAUGUAAGAUUUAGAAGGGGGUUUGUGAUGUCUACAACUUCACACGGUGUUGUUUCUACGUAUCUCCAUACAAGCCCUCAACCAGGUUUAGGCCGAAUUGCUGGAAUUUUAUCACUUGAAGUAGAAGAUGAGAAUGCCCAUCUGGAUGCCCUCCAAAAUGUUGGAUCAGAACUGGCAAUGCAUAUAGUAGCAACGAAGCCAUUAUUUUUGACAAAGGAAAAAGUUUCUUCAGAUGCUCUUGACACUGAACGUGAAAUUCUUCAGUCUCAGGCUGAAAGUACUGGAAAGUCCCAGAUGGCUAUAGAAAAAAUGGUUGAAGGUCGUCUUCGCAAAUACUUUGAGGAGGUUGUUCUGAUGGAGCAAAAGUAUUUCUUGAAUGACUCUCUAAAGAUAAAGACAAUGCUGGAUAAUCUGUCCAAGGAAGUCUCUUGUCCUGUGAAGAUUGGGAAUUUUUUCAGAAUGGAAGUUGGAGAAGGAAUUCAAAGGGAUGAAGCAUCUGGUGCAGAUGAACCAGUUGCUCAGGCUGUUUAGUUUGAGAUGCAGGCUGGUAAUCCACCAUUGAAAUUUACAAGUAGCAGGUAUAGUCUCUGAAUAUGGCACCCUGAAGUUCCAGGACUCUUGAUUUCUGCUGUUCUUGGCAAUCUUCCAUCACUCCUAUCUUCUCAUGCUGAUCAGCUGUAGGACUGCUCUGUGUCCUAAUUAAACACUGAUUAAUGGUUAUAUAACCUUGCUGUUUUGUUGAGCAUUUUUUGGUCAGCAACGUAGAUCUGUUUUGUUGAGCUCAUUAUGAUCUUUUUCAUUGCAAAAUUUUCUUAUCGUUAUAAUGAGUACCUGUCAAACCCAGCAAACACAAUAAUAAAGAUGAUUCCCAUUGCCGUUCCAAACGUUACGAAGAAACUUGAGGGACUUAUUUUGGAUAAUGACUGGAGGUUUGAUGGCUAAAGCAAAAGCAUUUUUCACGGUAUGGCUUGUCGAGGAGAACUAGUUUUCAUGCGUGCCAUACUGGACAUUGUUUCUCACGGUCAUCUCUUUGUUGGAGCCACCUUAAGGAAAGUUAGCUUGGUCGUGAUCCCUUCUUUUAGGUCAAGACAGAAAUGGAUUGUACCUUGUUAACCUUCCCCAACUGUUCCCAUGAUCUGGGUACUUAUUUUUAUGUCCAUUGAUUGUUUCUUGCACACCAAUGUUGUGCACCAGUCACCAUCAUGACUAAGAGCAUCGACACAGCAUUUGAAGUAUACUUGCAAGGAAAAGCAGUUCAAGGUGUUGUCCUUUAAAGCCUUGCAAGUUGAGUGCAGGAAAAAAACUUAAUCCGUGUAUGAAGUUUGAAGUUUGAAAAUAAUAUAAAGGGUAAUUUCUU